UGUGCUGCGCCGCAAGGCGGCCGAAGGGGCAUCGCCCCAGCCAGUGGGCCUGCCCGACCCCCGGCCCUCGCUCGGGCCCCGCCUCUGCCUCGGGCCGGAAGGUGUGCGCGGCCGGGCGGAGGCCGGGGCGGGCGCGGGCGGCGCGCCGGGGCGGCGAGAGGGUUAACGCGGGCCCCUCCCCCUCGGGCUGACAUCACGGGGAGCGCGGGUGAGAGGCUGGAGCUCGGCGAGUGAGAGAAAGGGAGCGAGCGGGGCGAGCGGGGCGCGACUCGGCGCCCGGGCUGCUCCACAUUGUCGCGGACCGCCGGCCCCGAGCACAGAGAGCGGCGGCGACGCGCGGCGCCCCCGGCUCGCUCUCCCACCGCGGAGCCGCAGAGCCCGAGCGAACCGGGCAGCCGGCCGCCGGACCGCGCGCCCGCUGCCUGGGCCCCGAGCCCACCGCGCCGCCCGCCCGCCACCCGGGCUCGUCCCGCCGCCCUCGGAGGACGGCCGGCCAUGGACGCCUGCAAGUUGGAGCCGAGCGGGAGGGCGUGAGCGCGCCGGGGGCCGGGAGCCCGCGCUGCGCAGCCGGGCGGCCAGGCGCGCCGGGGGUGGGUCCCUCUCCCCAGCCCGGCUCUGCGUGGAAGAAGAGGGCGGGGACCGGCGCGGGGCGGAGAGCGGAGGAGGAGAAGGGGGCAUGACUCGUGCAACUUGCGGCGGGCAUCUGCCGAGCCUCUGAGCCGGCGGCGGCCCGGGGCCCGGAUUGCGGCCGCGCCGAGCCCAGCCCAGCCCACCCCUCCCCGGCCGACGGCUGCGGCUGACCUGGAUCCGCGGAGCGCCCGCCGGCCGGCAGUGACCUGCCUUCGUCUUCCGGGCUGGUUUCCUGGGCGCGAGGAGCGCUCUCCCCACGGCGCCUCUCGCCGGACCUCCGGCCCCCGAUGGCUCGGAUGGGGUGUGCGGGCGCCGCAGGACGCUGGUGGGGACUCGCUCUCGGCUUGACCGCGUUCUUCCUCCCAGGCGCGCACACCCAGGUGGUCCAGGUGAACGACUCCAUGUACGGUUUCAUCGGCACGGAUGUGGUGCUGCACUGCAGCUUUGCCAACCCACUGCCCGGCGUGAAGAUCACCCAGGUCACAUGGCAGAAGGCCACCAAUGGCUCCAAGCAGAACGUGGCCAUCUACAACCCAGCCAUGGGAGUCUCUGUGCUGGCGCCCUACCGCGAGCGCGUGGAGUUCCUGCGGCCCUCCUUCAUGGACGGCACCAUCCGCCUCUCCCGCCUGGAGCUGGAGGAUGAGGGCGUCUACAUCUGCGAGUUCGCCACCUUCCCUGCUGGCAACCGAGAGAGCCAGCUCAAUCUCACCGUGAUGGCCAAACCCACCAGCUGGAUAGAGGGCACCCAGGCAGUGCUGCGGGCCAAGAAGGGGCAGGAUGACAAGGUCCUGGUGGCCACCUGCACCUCAGCCAAUGGGAAGCCUCCCAGUGUGGUGUCCUGGGAAACGCGGCUGAAGGGCGAGGCGGAGUACCAGGAGAUCCGGAACCCCAAUGGCACCGUGACCGUCAUCAGCCGCUACCGCCUCGUGCCCAGCCGGGAAGCCCACCAGCAGUCCCUAGCCUGCGUCGUCAACUACCACAUGGACCGCUUCCGGGAGAGCCUCACCCUCAAUGUGCAGUAUGAACCCGAGGUGACCAUCCAGGGGUUUGAUGGGAACUGGUACCUGCAGCGGAUGGAUGUGAGGCUCACGUGCAAAGCUGAUGCUAACCCCCCAGCCACCGAGUACCACUGGACCACGCUGAACGGCUCUCUCCCCAGGGGCGUGGAGGCCCAGAACAGAACCCUCUUCUUCAGGGGACCUAUCAACUACAGCCUGGCUGGGACCUACGUCUGCGAGGCCACCAACUCCAUCGGCACCCGCUCGGGCCAGGUGGAGGUCAAUGUCACAGAAUUCCCCUACACCCCAUCUCCUUCCGAGCACGGGCGGCGCACAGGGCCGGUGCCCACAGCCAUCAUUGGGGGCGUGGCGGGGAGCGUCCUGCUGGUGCUCAUCGUGGUCGGCGGGAUCGUGGUCGCCCUGCGCCGGCGCCGUCACACCUUCAAGGGCGACUACAGCACCAAGAAGCACGUGUAUGGCAACGGCUACAGCAAGGCGGGCAUCCCGCAGCACCACCCGCCCAUGGCCCAGAACCUGCAGUACCCGGAUGACUCGGACGACGAGAAGAAGGCUGGACCCCUGGGAGGCAGCAGCUACGAGGAGGAGGAGGAAGAGGACGGCGGCGGAGGGGGCGAGCGCAAGGCGGGCGGCCCCCACCCCAAGUACGACGAGGACGCCAAGCGGCCCUACUUCACGGUGGAUGAGGCGGAGGCCCGUCAGGAGGGCUACGGGGACCGGACCCUGGGCUACCAGUACGACCCUGAGCAGCUAGACUUGGCCGAGAACAUGGUUUCUCAGAACGACGGGUCUUUCAUUUCCAAGAAGGAGUGGUACGUGUAGCCCCCCUCUCCAGAGCCUCUGUCUGCACCCCCUUCUCCCCAGCCCAACCCGCACGCCCCCUGCCCAUGCCCGACCGCCCCCCCCACUCCUCCAGGAGCUCAACAGAGACUCGCCCAACUGCCCAAAGCCGGCCCUGCACUUGUGGGCAGCGGGGAGACCAGGGCAGAUGCCACCUGGCUUUGUUUUGAUUUCCUCCGGUCCCCAGCCCUCCCCGUGGUGGUGUGUUCACUGUGGCUUUGGUGUUGCUGUUCCCCCCACCCCAGCCCCGACCCCUCCACCUGCCCCCUGUGCAGGGAGCUCUGUUCUGUCUUGUGUACCUGGGCCUGCUCCAGGGUUUGGGGAGCCAGCCCUCCCCCGCCCCCCAACACUGGAAUUUGUGUUCUCUCCAUUGGGGGUGCAGAGCUGAAGGGGCUCUAAGGAGAGAAGCCCCCACCACCCCUGCCCCCAGAUGCUGCUCCUCUUUUCCCAGGGAGAGGGAACCCAACACCCCCCCACCAUGGGCAGCCAGGAACUUGGACCCCAAGUCUAGACAGCAUUACACUCAGCAGGUGGGCGGGGAGGGGCUUCUCCAAAGCAUCCAUGCUGUCUUGUUCGUUCAGUGAAUCGAGUUGAGGUCCCACCUGGGGCCUUGGGCAGUAUGUUUUCCUGGUGAGGCUGGUUUUACAUUUUUUUUCCUCAUUGGCCUACAGAGAGUGAAGUUGGCCCAGCUCGGGUGUGUCUCCCCUUUACCCGGGCCUGCCCUCCACCCAGUGGGACUCCAGGCGGGCUCCAACCCACACUUCCCAUACGCCUCUACCAACACAUCCCCAUACCCACGUGCACUCACGCCACUCAUGUCUACCCUGUGCUCCCCCUGGGGUCACACACCUUACCCAGGCUGGACACUGCCCACAGCCUGCCCCUGUCCGCUCCGCCUCCACCCCCUCCCAGCUGAGGAUAGGCGUGGCCUUCAGAAACUUCUAGGAGAGCUGAGGCUGGACCCCCCCAGAACCUCCAGCCCAGGGGCCGGCACCCUCAGGCUGCCUUUUAAGUGCUUCUCACAGCAGAGGAGUUUCUUGGAUUUCUCCAUCAUCUAUUUCAUGCUAGCAACUCUUGAUUCUCUUGGGGAGUCAGGGCUAGGAUGCCAGAAGGAGAUGCCUCCGGGAAUUAGAGGUCGACAAGUACUGAGGUGGAGAGCGCUGGAGAAGGAAGGCUGCGUGACAGGAGCUCUGCAAACAGUCUGAGACUGAAGAGGGCAGGUAGCACCUCCCCCUCGAAGGCAGGUGCAAAUGUUCUGGGCUUGUCAGAAAGUAUGAGGGCACGGGGUGGCCAGGGGUCCUGAGUCGGAGCUCCUGCUUGCCGCUCUCACCCCCUGCCCAGCUGUCCCUCAGUCUCUAUUCUGGGAGGGGGUAACCUUGGAGAAGCUUCCCCUUUGAGUUGUAGAUUCCCUCCCAAACAGGGCUCUGGGUUCCUGUCAGUCGCCCAGGACUCAGUCUUCCCAUGUGUAAGUGGGGGAAGGCCCCCCCAGCCCUCAGUCCCCCAGCUCAAAGUGCCUCAGUUCCUCCAUCUGCCUACCCCAGUCCCCCCGGAACUCGAGAUGGGAAAAGCCCUGGGAUGGGAGAAGCAGGGUUGUGCCUGCCCAGUAGGAUCCAGUUAACUCAGCCCAGGCUGUCAGGGGGCUCCGAGGGAUGACAAGUGUCUGGGGGGCAGGGAGGCAGAGCACUGUGUGCCCCACGGGCACUGGCCUUCCCCGCCACAGGCUUCCCAAGGGAGCCCCAGCCCCUGCCCUCCUCCCCGCUCCUUGGUGCUGCUAUUGAAGCCCAGCGGCUCCACCUCUGCCCCGGCAGCCCCGGGCCCAUCAGCCAGGCGCCCCUUGCCCAGCACCCCCUGCCCUAGCCCCAGCCCAGGCCGCCCAGUAGCCACGUAGCAGAAGUCUGAAGCCAUGCCAGCCCCGGGGUGGUUCUCUCCUCUCGGUACUGGGAGUACUGGAUGGGAUGGAGCUGGGGUGGGAAAUUCUGGGGUCUUCCUAGCCGCAGGGCCCGGGGGCAGAGGGGGAGGGGCGGGUGUGGAAGAACUGGGCUGCUUCUCGCAGCAGUAUUAGUGUCCCCCCAGGACAGAGGACCUUUUCCAUGUGACAGCACUGCCCCAUCCCACCCCAUGCCACUCUGGCUCCUCUGCUUGGUGCCCUUGCCCCAGACAGGAGGAAGUCCUAGGGGCCUGCCUGGUAGAGGCAUCCACUGUCCCCUUGAAACCUCAAGACUGAAAGGACGCCUCCUGUGUCUCCCUUACUGCACUGCCACCCCAUCCUCAGUAUGUGAUGGACUUACGAGGCCCCUGGGCCGAGCCAAAGCACUGAGUCCCCCCUAAGAUACCUUCAUGCCCCCCUCAAGCAAAGCACAAAUUGUGGGGUCCAUGCCACAUGCAUGGGUCGUGUGGGAGGCCCCUGCCUUGCUGGGAGCCCAGCAGCAGCAACCCAAGGAGAGCAACUGCCCCCCAGGGCCAAAAGCAGGCAUGAGGCAGGGGUUGGCACUUGGGCCUAGGAGAUGGGGUUUUCUGUGCCCCAAGUUUGUGGGAAGGAGGGCACUGCUGCUGGGCCCACACACACAGCCAACUGGCCAAGGGGAGGCCUGGCCCAGCAGAGAGAUGCACACAUUUUGCUUCUCUUCCAUGCUCCCAACCUGAGCUGAGCUUCUGCCUUUACUGGAAAUGAAAUAAACUUGGUAUCAGUGGUGCCAAGGCCUCCCCAGUUAUCAUCCUGCCUCUUGUUGCCCUCCCUGCCCUUGCCUCCCACUCCCCGUAUAUCCCCUUCCUUAAGAUUUUGGUAUUGUUCUAAUGUGUAGCAGAACCGUCUGAGUCCCCUUGUAUCAGAAGCACCUGAAAAGCAGCAGCUGAAAUCAGUCAUCCCAGGCACCUUGGGCCCAGUACAUGGGCACGCGGGGGGCACACAUGCCUCCAACAGACCCAAGCACAGGUGGCCCCACCCAAGUGCACAGACAUGCAGAGGAAUGGGCUGGUCCUGCUGAAAGCCCUCAAGGAGAAACUGGUGUCCCAGAGCUCAGGCCACAAAAGAGACUCACAGGGGCCCCGUUUCCCAGGCACGUGCCCCCUCUGCCAACCCCUUCCCAUGUGCCCAAGUCACUGGUACAAUAAUUUUCCUGCCAUCCUCCAAGCAGAGGAACCAGGAAUCGUGUUAGCUGGAUGUGGGCAGCUCUCCUGGGAGCAGGGGCGUGCAUGCCGCGGGCCUCUGGGGCGCCAGACAGAGACCUCCAAAGCCUGGCUGCCUCCAGUAAGCCUCUGCUAGGUGGGUGCACCGGGUGGGCGCACCGGGCGUCCUGGUGCAGGCAGUGAGGGCUGCUGGGCCUCCCGGUGGUAAGGCCAGAGGAGCCCUGCCCCCAGGCCUGCUGUGCUUCCGACUCCUGCUGUGAGGAACGGGCGGGAUUCUUGGCCGAAAAAAAAUGGUUUCCUUUUUUUGUAUAAAUGGAAACAAAAUCCAGGAGAAGCUGCCACCCCUCACCUGUGUGAUGUGCUCCCUUCGCUUCAGUUUCUUUGUCACCAUUUUUGUCUCUAGUCCCGGGGACGGCCCAGCAGAUUCUCCUGGUUCUGACCCAGGGGGUGUUUGCCUCACCCCCUUUUACUUGUAUAAAAAAAAACAAAAAACAAACAAACAAUGAUGCAUUGAAAAGUGUACUGAGGAAAAAAAAUGUACUUUUUUAUAAAUAAAGUGUUUAAAAC